AUGGCGGAGGAGGAACAAAAUGUCGUCGAAGAAGAAGUACCUGCGGAGUCCGACAACAAUAAUCAACAACAACAACAAGAACCUCAACAACAACAAGGGCAGGAACAAGGGCAACCAGCGUUCGAUUUCGAGGGACUUCGACGGCAAAUACCCGAAGAAAAGGACCUGUCACUGAUGUACGCCAAAAUUCAAAGAAUUUUGGGUCGUACAGACGCUAUCAGCUCAAUGAAGAACAGGAUAGAUAUGAUCCAUGUAAGUACCCUCCUAUUCAAAUCACUUUCUUUGCACGUGGUUGAACAUAGCGUACAGUCAAUCAAGGAUCUCAUGGAGGAAGCGAUGGACGCACUCAAACAAAUUCUCAAUGAGAUUCAAGCGCAAGUCAAUGCAAGACAAGGACAAGACGACCCUCAUGCCCAGGCCAUGCAACCGGGCCCGAGCUGGGCCGUUGCAGUACCUGUCACCAAGAGGUGCGCGUUCUGCGACGGCGAUCACUACGCCUGCGAUUGCGGGCGUUUCUAUAACCUUCGUGAUAGACGCCGUUGCUUGUCUGAGCGUGAUCGUUGCGAGCGGUGCCUACUAAAGACGACACACCUUGCAACAUCAUGCCCAGCCACAUCGACUUGUUUUUAUUGUAAAAGUGCUAAACGCGAGAAAGAAAUGUACUCACACCACUCUGCAUUUUGUCCAUUCAAAUUUCCAAUGUCAAAAAAUAAAAACAAACAAACAAAAAAAACAAAAAACCAAAAAAAAACAAAACAAAACAAAAAAAAACGAAAAAAAUCAAUGACCGCCGCAAACGGAAACGCAAGCCUAUACCAUAGAACUCGUCAGAUGUAG